GAACUUCGAGGCAAACCCAAAACAGAAGCAAAUGGGAAAGCAAUAUCGCACCCCAAACCUAUCACCAAUUCAAUGUGGCUCAAGCCUAGUCCAAACGAUAGAUGCACCGCUUCCUCUGGUGUGGUCCAUAAUCGGCCGCUUCGACCUCCCACAAGUCUACAAGCAAUUCAUCAAGAGUUGCACGUUGAGUGCCGGCACCGGCGGCAUCGGAAGCGUACGUGAAGUGAUGGUUGUGUCAGGGUUACCGGUGGCUACGAGCACGGAGAGGCCAGAUGAACUUGAUGAGGACUCGCAUGUUCUGAUGGUUAGCAUCAUUGGAGGUGAUCACAGGCUUGUUAAGUACCGUUCUACUACCACUUUGCAUGAAAUUGAAGAAGGAAGGGGUGGAAAGACGUUGGUGAUGGAGUCGUACGUGGUGGAUGUCCCAGCGGGGAGUAGCAAGGAGGAUACAUGCUCUUUUGCUGAUAUGAUAAUUGGGUGCAACCUUAGGUCAUUAGCUAGGGUAACCGAAAAGAUGGCCAAGGUUUAGGUUUCACCUAUGCUAGUUCAAAUUUAUGCCCUUUAUC